GAUUACGGCUGGCCUAAUGUCUCGAACAAUAGGACUGUACGCAAACCUACCCGUCGCUCUUCCGCCUCAUCACAGGUGUGCCAUUAACGCAUAUCUGGAAAGCCUGAUAAUCAUUAUACCGACUGGUACCCAAGCUUGCUGAGCCGGUCGACAUGCGUCUUUUGCGAUUCUGGCUGCCGCCGUCAACCGAUGACUUAACUGGCAGCCUUUCAUAUGGUUUGUUCCGAGAUUGGGCGACUUUCAGCCUCUUCAUAAUCAUUUUGUCCGUUGAAAGUUGGAAUGACGCGGGCAGCUGAAAGUGCAUCCGGGUAUCCUCGGGGCGCACAAAAUUUAAGCGUCCUUCAAUUGUCUGGCCUCCAAAGGCCUCAUUGCACAAGUCAGCAAACUUCUGCACUUGUUGGGCAAUGUCCCCGUCCAUUUGUAAAGUAUGUUGUUAUCCAGCUUGUUGAUACGUGCUUUGGUUCCGUGGAAAAGAUGAAGACGGGACGCUGUUGGAAGUUUUUCAACCUAUGAGGAUAUUCAAUAGGAGGGGUAUCUGUUGAACGCCUCGUUAUUUUUUUGGGGGUGUAUUGGGGGUUGAAAUGCCCUGGGGAUGGAAACCCAACAAGAAAAUAGGGGCCUAGUCGAGUAAGGACUAAGGAUCUGAUGACUAGUACUCAUUAGACUAUUUUUAGGUGACUAAGCCAUCGCAACACCUUGUGCUCACAGCGGGGGGGCACUUUUGAACACACACACUUUAACUUUUUUUUUUAAGUCCAUCCGAUCUAUUUCUCGCCUGAUCUCCAGUUGUCAAAUUGCCGUGCGAGGUUGGAUAUGUCCUACCCGCUUCACCUUGUCCGUGGAAUACGCUCUGUUGCUGUUAGUGAACCACUAGUUGAACCCUACAAGCACGGACAAGCCGUGUAUUCCUCUUGCCCAUAUCCGUCAGAGGAACAAGUCUUUUGGUAGCGAGCGUUCGGUGGGGUUAAGCUGCCCCCGCCACAGAGGGAGAGGCAUCUUCUGUAUCCGCUUGACACAGCUUCUGGUCCUUCAAUAUCGUCGCUGCUUGGAAAUACAAGCCGUUACUACGGGUACGAACGAGAGCAGUCAACACUAUGCGAGGAGGCGGAGCGGAAGGGCCAAGCAGCUCAGAGGUGCCUGAGCGCAUACAUGUCCCGCCAUUGUUCCACCUCUGCGAUACCGAAGUUAUUUUCAAUCUGGUUACCGGAAUGAUGAAUAGAUUGAUAGCGCAUAAUGAUCGAAUUCCUCUGACUUCAGCAAGCAUAACGCGCUUUCACUCUCGUGCUCCACCAGGGAUUAAAUUGGAAGAUUACCUGCGUCGGAUUCUCAAGUUUGCAGGACUCGAACCAUCAGUUCUCCUCCUCCUUUUAGUUUAUAUUGACCGUGUGUGCGAGGUACAUCGCACUUUUACAAUAUCCAGUUUAACUGUACAUAGAUUCGUAAUUGCCGCUGUUGCGGUGGGAAGUAAAGCGACUUCUGACAUAUAUUGCACUAAUACAUAUUAUGCGAAGGUGGGCGGCAUAUCACUUCAAGAGCUGAACAUGAUGGAAUUGGAAUUCUGCGGUCUCAUUGGGUGGAGACUCUCUUGUUCAGUUGACAUUCUUCAGCGAUACUACGUAAAUCUUAUCCGAACGAGUCAGCUCUAUGCGCUAGGCGCAGAAGAAGUGAAGACUCUGACGAAUGAUAUCAACGUCAGUGAACCAAAGGGGCAAGGGCCGGACCCGAAUACUACCGAUUGAUUGCAAUGUAACUAUUUAACAUUAAAAUAUACAAAGAGGAUAUCAUGGGCACAAGAAAUCCGGA